CAGGGCGCUCGGUCAAAUGACAGGGCCGAACGAGACACAGUCGCUUUUCCAGCUUGUUUCGUUACUAAGCGAAGUCACGGCGGACUUCUUAGUUAUCGGGCCAGCCACAUCCUGAUGGAACGAAGAAACGGAGGCAGUGGAUCAAAGAUCAAGACGGACACGGAAGACAGCUGGAAUCUUGCAUGGUGAGACCAUACAGUACAAGAUUAGGUAUAUCAUACAGAUUGAAGAGUUGCCAGUCACUACCUACCACGCCACUCUGAGUUACUGCCGACCCAGCCUGGCAAUAGACAGAAAACACAGGCGGCCUCCACGGCUGGUAUCGGCUGCAGGAUGGCCAGCGGCGGUGAGGGUUCGGCCAGCGGCGCGGCCGGCUCGGCAGGCCAGCGGCUGACCCUGGCCCAGCGGGUUGAGGUCAUCCAGCAGCGCAAACGGCAGGCGGCCUCCCUGCCGCGCGCCAGGAAACUGGAGAAACUCGCCAUCUACUCGGGGUGUAAGCCGACAGAUGGCUCUGAGUGCAGCUGUAACGGCUUCAAGAGCGCGUCCGGCCAGGCGCCGGCCAAGGAUGGCGUGGAGCCGACGCUGCAGCCGUCGGCCGCCUGCCGCUCGUGCUCCCACACGCUGGGUACGCACAUGUCUGAGCUGGAGAAGAAGGGGGACGAGCAGCUGAACCACCUGCUCAGCAUGUCACUGGACGUCGAGAGCCUCUUCUUCCUGGUCCAGAAGGAGGAAGACACAGACACCAAACAAGUGCACUUCUAUCUGUUCAAGCUGCUGCGCAAGAGUAUCCUGCAGAUGACUGAGCCGGUUAUCGAGGGCCCGCUCGGACGACCGCCCUUCGAGACGCCCACCAUCGCCAAGGCCGUCUCCAACUUCGUGCUCGCCAAGUUCAGCUCCAAUCCAAAGGAGCAGCAGCUGAACUUCGACCUGGCCAAGGCGUUUCUGCACUACCUGAACCACUGGCGAUGGGAGACUCCCAGCGUGCACGUAGGCGCCCAGCUCAAGGAGAGCACCCUGUACAAGGUGCACUUCACCAGGUGGAUGUGCUACUGCCACGUGCCCACGAUCUGCACCUCGAUGGUGCACUGGGACCCGGCGGCAGUGUUCGGCCGGUCCGUUCUCCGGCUGCUGCUGCGAACUGUCAGCGCCCGGCUACUGCAGAAGAUCGACCUCGACAGGGAGAAAAUGGCCAAGGAUAAGAGGCUCCUCAUACUGGCACACAUGCCCAGAUUCCUGUCAUUACUGGAAGAGGAGGUGUACGGCAACUCGACGACCAUUUUCGAUGUCGACUUCAAGCCACCGACUCAGCCGCAGAAACCCAUAGAGGUGAAGUCGGAGCCGUCCCCAGGUCCGGCGGCGGCGGAGGACACGGCCGGUCGCCGGCGGCCCGAGAAGCGUGCUGCCGCCGACGAGCCGGACCGGGCCGCCAAACGACCCCGGCCCGAGGAUGAUGUGUCCGAGGAGCAGGUGCAGCAGAUCCUGGAGGCCAUCGAGGACCCGAGCCGGCGCUCCGUCGGACAGGAGUCUCUGUUCUUGGAGAACGCCGCCCGCGACGAGGCAGCCAAGGCGGAGGAGCGGGCGGGCCACAUCAGCUUCCACGUGGUGGGCAACUCGCUCAGUCAGAAGGUCAGCAAGACGACCAUGCUGUGGCUGGUGGGCCUGCAGAACGUGUUUUCCCACCAGCUGCCCCGGAUGCCCAAGGAGUACAUCACCCGACUCGUGUUCGACCCUAAGCACCGCACCCUGGCGCUGGUGAAGAACAACCGUCCGAUCGGCGGCAUCUGCUUCCGACUGUUCCCCAGCCAGGGGUUCACAGAGAUCGUCUUCUGCGCCGUCACCAGCAACGAACAGGUGAAGGGGUACGGCACGCACCUGAUGAACCACCUCAAGGACUACCACAUCCGGCACGGCGUCCACCACUUCCUCACGUUCGCUGACGAGUUCGCCGUCGGCUACUUCAAGAAGCAGGGCUUCAGCAAGGAGAUCAAGCUGAGCCGCAAGAAGUACCUGGGCUACAUCAAGGACUACGAGGGCGCCACGCUGAUGGGCUGCGAGCUCUCUCCCAGGAUCAUCUACAGGGAGUUCAGCUCGGUCAUCAGAAAACAAAAGGAGAUCAUCAAGCGUCUGAUCGAGGCUCGCCAGGCGUCCAUCCGGAAGGUCCACCCGGGCCUGAGCUGCUUCAAAGAGGGCGUGCAGGGCAUCCCGAUCGACUGCAUCCCAGGUAUCCGCGAGGCCGGCUGGAAGUCUCCGGACAAGUCGUCCCGCGUGACGCGCCACUCGGACGAGCUGGGUAACGCCGAGCUGCUGCAGGGCACCCUGCGCACCCUGCUGCAGAACAUGCGCCAGCACAGCGCCGCCUGGCCCUUCCUCAGCCCGGUGGACCCUAACGACGUGCCCGACUACUACGAGUUCAUCAAGUACCCCAUGGACCUGGAGACGAUGUCAAAGCGUCUGAAGAACAAGUACUACUGCCACAAGCGGCUGUUUAUCGCCGACGCGACGCGCAUCUUCACAAACUGCCGGAUGUACAACGAUCCCGACACGGAAUACUACCGGUGCAGCACCGUGCUCGAAAAGUACUUCCAGAGCCGCCUCAAAGACGCGGGACUGCUCGACAAGUGAGCCGCACAAGUGAGCCCUGCCUGACCGACCGCACGAGGACGUACAGGGGGUCGGGGAGGACGAUCAUAGACAGCCGGGCAGUAUGGCUUGUGCUGGGAUAUCCAGCUGUGCUUUCAGCUGGCUUUCGAAUGUUUGUGCGUGGGGGGGGGAGGAAGGGAGGGGGUUCACGGAUGACGCGACAGAGAAGCCGGACAAGUGUUGUCAUACGCGACUGCGCUUUGGAUGGCAGGCCUCGUCGCAGAUCAGACGGCCGUGGAAACGUCCACAGGCCGCUGUGAGCUCUGACGGCUUGAUGGGGCGGCAUCAUGGCAGGACGUCCUGUCUGUGAGUGACGUCAUAGCGUGGGCGGUUCUGAGAGGUCAGGCCAACAGACUGUGUGCUCAGACACAGACCGUAUGCCUUUAUCUUCUGCAGGCGACCGACCACACUAACGCGACAGAACGUUGUGUAAUGCUAAGCUAGCGUACACAAAUGAGUCACUGCGGUAAGUUUCCUGCAGCUAGGUCAUGCUUGUUGGAUAGGACCGGACGGCAGCGUUUGAGCGUGCCGUCUCUUUUUGUCUAUAUAACCCAGGUCGUGGGUUUGCGUUCUUAGAGCGAGAGGCCGAUGUAAGCUGAGCUGGCCCGGCAUCUCAUUACUGCCAACAGGCGCCAUCUUUAGCCGAGACGGUUCAGUGUUUAUUUUGCCGAGAAAACAGCAGUAUCACCCGGUGCGUCCUCAGCUCAUCAUGCUACCAUUGUAGAACUGACUUCUAUUGUUAGCAUCUAACAAGUUUCAUCCUCAAUUCAUCGAAACUUUCCCACUUUAUCACCAAUGCCAAUGUCAUCAAUGUAUAUAAUUAGUUAUGUAAUUUAGUACGCUGUGUGACCGAUCUCGUUUGUAAGAAAUGUCUUAUUUUGCCUAGCACGUAAUACAUUGUGGCAUUUUUGUGUCAAACGACAGA